UAGAAAGUUUUGUGUUUUCUAUAUAUGUCUCUUUCUCUUUUGUGUGUGUGUGAGAGAGAAAAACUAUACAACACCAUGAUUCUCGAAUCUGCAAAUUCGGAUCUGAAAAAAGUUGAAAGUUUUUUUCAACUUCUUCCAUUUGUCACCAUUAGUUUUACAUUGUACCAACAGCCAAUCAUUAUUUAAUUUCCUUUUAUUUCUUUCUUAUUUUUGGUUUUUCAAAUUCAACCCAAUUUCAAAUCUGGCUUCUGAUUCGAGUUAUCAUUCAUUUUUCCUUGUAUAAGUUUGAAGGGAGAUAAAACAUGAAGAAUUCCAUAUCUGAACAGAGUUUCUACAUAGAGAGUGAAGAAGAGGAUGAUGAACUGGGGAAGCAUUUGGACAAAGAUGAAAAUGAAGAAGGAAAUGAAUCUGAUUUUUCCAAUUACUCCAAUGAUAAUGAUGAUGAUAAUAAUCGCCAGCAAAGCAAACCUAAUUCCUUAACCUCUGCUUGGCCUCAGAGUUACAGGCAAUCUAUGGAUCUAUACAGUAAUGUACCAUCUCCAAGUCUUAACUUCUUGGGAACACCUUCAUUAUCUCGGCUAGGAAGCUCAUUCUUGGGCUCAUCUCUCAUAAGAAGACACACUCCUGAGAUAUUGCCCUCUCUUCACAAGCCUCUCAUACCACCACCAGAAGAAGAAAAACCAGCUCACAGGCGUAGUUCUCAUGGUUUGCUGCCUCCCCUACACCCGAGGAAAUCUUCUAUUAAGAAAUUUCCUGAUGACAAACCCUCCAAAGAUGCACAUGGACUUGCAAUGUCUCGUCAAAGCUCCUAUGGCCAAGCAGUGAUAAAUGGCAUGAAUGUUCUCUGCGGAGUAGGAAUGCUUUCUACUCCUUAUGCUGUGAAGGAAGGUGGAUGGGCCGGACUUUCAAUAUUAUUCAUCUUUGGCGUGCUUUCUUUCUAUACUGGCAUGCUGCUGAGGUACUGCUUGGAUAGCCAACCAGGGCUUGAGACGUACCCAGACAUUGGUCAGGCUGCUUUUGGUACAACAGGACGAAUUGUUAUAUCAAUAAUUUUAUAUGUGGAGUUAUAUGCGUCUUGUGUUGAAUACGUAAUCUUGGAGGGUGAUAACUUGUCUGCUAUAUUUCCAAAUGUACAUCUAAGUCUGGGUGGGCUUGAGUUAGAUGCUCGCCAUCUUUUUGUUGUGAUAGCCACCCUGGCUGUUCUUCCUACUGUUUGGCUGCGUGACCUCAGUGUCCUAAGUUAUAUCUCAGUUGGUGGAGUUAUUGCUUCUGUUUUGGUGGUCCUCUGCUUGUACUGGGCUGGCUUGGUGGAUCAUGUAGGCUUUGAAAGCAAACAGACUGUACUUAACGUAUCAACUCUUCCUGUUGCUAUUGGGCUUUAUGGAUUUUGUUACUCUGGGCAUGCGGUCUUUCCCAAUAUAUAUACAUCCCUAGCGGAUCGUAAUCAAUUUCCUGCAGUCCUCUUGACCAGUUUUGGUAUGGUGACUCUGUUAUAUGGUGGAACAGCUGUGAUGGGGUACCUGAUGUUUGGGGACUCAGCUGAAUCCCAGUUUACUCUAAAUUUGCCCAAAGGAUUAAUGGCUUCCAAGGUUGCUGUGUGGACAACUGUUGUUAAUCCUUUUACAAAAUUUGCUUUGACCCUAUCUCCUGUAGCAAUGUGUUUGGAGGAAUUGUUGCCGUCGAAGCACGCCAAGUCUCACGUGUACCCAAUCCUCAUUAGAACUGCAUUGGCAAUCUCCACAUUACUUGUUGGUCUUGCUGUUCCCUUUUUUGGUUUGGUGAUGGCAUUGAUUGGAUCUUUACUUACAAUGCUAGUUACUCUGAUACUACCUUGUGUUUGCUUCCUGAGAAUCUUGAACGGAAAAACUAGCCGCCUUCAGGUUACAAUAUGUGUCCUUAUUAUCAUAGUAGGUACGGCAUCCGCAGUUAUCGGGUCCUAUUCAGCUCUCUACAAUAUCGUCAAGAGCAUGAGCUAAAUUUUGUAAUACUGACUAUGGCACCAGAUAUUUUUGAGCCUAGAGUACAUUAAGUUUCUAAUCAUAAAGACUUCACAAGUUCCCAUUUAUUGGAAGAGAGCCCGUAUUCCAUCUUCGGGCUAGUGAUUUUGAUAAUGAUUCUUUUUUUUUUCCUCCUUUUUCUAAAGACAUCUGCAGUCCCAUUGUUAUUUAGAGAAAAAAAUGCACUUCCAUUUCAUUAA